AUGUCACCUGUGAAUCGAUGUUUUUGUUCCGAGGGAAAAUAUCCUUGCGACGUUGUUGCAGAUUACGAACACGGUUCUUGUAAAACAGUCGAGUAUUUUUUACCAACAGAAGUUGUAGUACACAAUACACCAACCGAUUGUUGGGUCUCGUACAAUUCCGGAGUGUACGAUUUAACCGAUCUCUGUGAAAUUUGGGCGAAUAAAAAAGAAAUCGAGCCAAUAUUGGCCCAUGCUGGUAAAGAUAUAAGUCACUGGUUCGAUCACGAAACGAACGAUAUUAAACGUCAUAUACACCCUGUUACGGGGGUAAUGGUGCCGUAUUGCCCUCACGGGCCGAUUCCGGAUCUACCAUCUUCGGUAGUACCAUCUUCCACUUGGCGACCACUGGACAAAUGUCCAUGGUGGCUCGACGAAACAUACAAAAAGGGAUACUUGACGAAAAAUCCACGGCCGUGUAGAAUUUUAAACGUCCUUACCGGAACACAAGUCGUUAUAAUGGUUUGCGAGGAGGAUUCCAUUAAACGCAUACAAGAACGCGGCCUGAUUUAUAACGCAAACGGGGUUACGUGUUACACCUGGAAAUUUGAGGGAAAAGAGAUCAAUCUCCAUUCGACACUGACAGAAAAUGGUAUUCCGGAUGAACGGGACCGUUUUACCGCCUGUGGCCUUCCCGACGAUUACUACAUCCCAUGUCUCAUGUGUUACUACAACGAAAACUAA